GCUACAGGCCACCGACGCGCUCAGCCAUGUGACGCCGCCCUCCUUUCUGCGAUCCCCCCGGCACUCUGGGCCCCUGCGGGCGCCCCGCUGCGCAGCGCACCAUGCGCCUGCCAGGACGCACGCGCCCACCGCCAGCGCCCCAGCCCGCGCAGCAUCCCGCCCUCCGCAGGCAGGUAGAGCCUCCCGGGCAGCUCCUGCGCCUCUUCUACUGCACGGUCCUGGUCUGUUCCAAAGAGAUCGCAGCACUCACGGACUUCUCCGGUUACCUAACCAAACUCCUGCAAAACCACACCGCCUAUGCCUGUGACGGGGACCACUUGAAUCUGCAGUGCCCUCGGCAUUCUACAAUMAGUGUCCAAUCGGCAUUUUAUGGGCAAGAUUACCAAAUGUGUAGUUCCCAGCAGCCUGCCUCCCAGAGGGAAGACAGCUUAACCUGUGUGGCACCYACCACCUUGCAGAAGGUGCUGGACGAGUGCCAGAACCAGCGGGCCUGCCACCUCCUGGUCAAUAGCCGUGUCUUUGGACCUGACCUUUGCCCAGGAAGCAGUAAAUACCUCCUGGUCUCCUUUAAAUGCCAACCUAAUGAACUGAAAAACAAAACCGUGUGUGAAGACCAGGAGCUGAAGCUGCACUGCCACGAAUCCAAGUUCCUCAACAUCUACUCCGCCACCUACGGCAGGAGGACCCAGGAGAGGGACACCUGCGCCUCCGAAGCCCAGCGGCUGCCCCCCUUCGACUGUGUGUCUUACUCCGCCUUACAAGUCCUGWCCAGAAGGUGCUACGGGAAGCAGAGAUGCAAAAUCCCCGUCAACAAUCACCAUUUCGGAAGCCCCUGCCUGCCAGGAGUGAAGAAAUACCUCACAGUUACCUACGCAUGCGUUCCCAAGAACAUCCUUACUGCGAUCGAUCCAGCCAUUGUUAACCUCAAGCCUUCUUUGAAGCAGAAGGAUGCUGAACAUGGUAUAAACUUCGACCCAAGUGAGUCAAAAGUUCUGUGGAAAGAUGGAGUGAUUGUUAGCAACUCUCUGGCAGCGUUUGCUUACAUUAGAGCCCACCCUGAGAGAGCAGCCCUUCUGUUUGUGUCCAGUGUCUGCAUUGGCCUGAGCCUCACCUUAUGUGCCUUGGUCAUCAGAGUGUCCUGCACCAAAGACUUUCAGGAGCUGCAGCUGGGGAGGGAGCGCCUGGUGCCGGGAGGCGACAGWCCUGGGGCGGACAGCGAAGAGGAAGCAGAGGAGGAGGACUCCUCCGGCUCGGAGUUCCCAGGGGAGCUGGCGGGGUUCUGCAGGACUUCAUACCCAGCCUACAGCUCCGUAGAGGCUGCAGAGCUGGCCGAGAGGAUUGAGCGCCGGGAGCAGAUCAUUCAGGAAAUAUGGAUGAACAGUGGCUUGGACACGUCCCUCCCGAGGAACAUGAGCCACUUCUACUGAAAUCCGUCUGCCUCUCAAUGAGACCACACUUCCCGAAGAGGGAAGGAUCCAAGAUGCCCCUCCAGUCCUGUCUCAUUUAUACCUUCUGUGAAGGAGACUUUUCCAUGGCAUCCAAGACUGGUGAAGCCAGAAAGCCAUCAAAGGGACAUUUCAGAUUGUUUACAGCACCCCAAAAUAAAUUAGGAGGGGAGAAGUCUUUGUGUUCCGUA